CAGGUGUCGUCAAAAUCAAUGCCACUCGCUCCGAUCUGGCUUUCUUCGCCUUCUUUCUGUUCUUCCAGCCUUGAUUCUUCGUGCUGUGGGUGUGUCGUGGGUCAGAGCCCCAAAGCAGAGCUAACCAUGGCACCUUUCCCCAGCGAAAGUCGGCCUCACGACGUGGUGUUGGACGAAAACGAUGGCGAUGAGGCUCUGACUGACUCUAGAUUUGCGGCGGGCUCUCCAGAACUAUCAUUUUAUUCCGACGCCCACAAUCUGCGGGUUUGGAGCACCAACGGCAACGACGCGCACAAGGUGCUUCCGAUCUCAUCCACCAAGUUGGGACGAACAGCUGCCAGGAAGCGGACGGCCGACGAGAAGAAAAGCCUGUUUGCGGUUGCACAGUUAGAUUCGACGCUUGCCUCCGCAGCUAAAAUCUAUUUUUUGGAUGUGAUUGCUCCCAAAGAUCCUUUACGGUCAAGAUUACGUCCGAGCACACACCACGACGACCAUGAACCCAACAACCCAGUCCACAUGGAUGAACAGCGCCAUCACCGUUCAUGGGCAACGAGCCAAAGGGGUCAUUUCGAGGACCUUGUGCGCCACGCCAUUGAGAAUCACGAAAUAAACCCCAAGGCCAACGACGUCAACGACAACCAUAUAAUACGUGAUGAAGAACAAGACACGACGAGACAACGAACCGGCCAGCUUCCUCCUAUUGUCGAUAAACCCCUCUCUACCUCUACCAGUGACUUCCCGAGCGAAAGAUCCCCGAAAGCAACUCACCGCGACCCCACCAAGGAACUCUCAUCCAGGUACCGGACACUCGCGCGACAGCCAGCGUUUCUUUUCAACAAUUAUCCUCUCAUGCAGGGCUUGCAAAUCAAUUCACCACAGCGCAACAGACGGGAAGUUGUGAUUGAACUUGUCUAUCGGGUUUUAUCAUGCCAUAAUCUGAGAAGAUGCUUGUCGUGGCCAAGGAUUGAUCAAAACAUAGAUCGAACACCUCCAACCCCCACUGGUCCAUUCCAGCAUUACACUUCAGUGACUUCACCAUGGCGGAGGAGGAGCUCUACACCUCUUUUAGGGGUCGAAGAUGCCUGGGAGACAGAAUUGCAACAGUCAUUGAAUUUGUAUGUUUUGCAAUCCAAUGGAAGUACAAUUAUUAGUACCCGCGGAGAUCUGUCCCCAAUGGAUGCCUCCACACCAACAACUUCCGAGGGUACAACGUCGACGGCGUCGUCAGCUCAGUCAACACCAUCGAAGCGUCCUCACCAUCGCUCAGGACGAGGCAAGAGCAAUCGAGAAGACGAUGACCAUCCCUCAGACAAUGACGAAGAAGAUCAUCCAUCCAAGAAGGCACGCACUUCUUCAGAGAGUGGUUUACCCACAGAGAAACUUCUUGCUUGCCCUUACUGGAAGUACGACCCAGCUCGGUACUCUCCUGCCAACACCUCGGAGAAGAAGUAUCGGGGCUGCUCGAGUGUUUAUCUCAGAGACAUCGCAAGGCUGAAGCAGCACCUUUACCGCGUUCACAAAAUGCCCGAUUAUCAUUGUCAGCGAUGUUUGCAGAUCUUUGAAAAUGAGCCCAGCCUAGAAGAGCAUGUUCGAGCCCCGGCAGAACUUGCAUGUACAUAUCGGGAAAACAUAUCAUCGGAACUGUUGUCUGAGAGGCAAUGUGCCCAACUGAGAAAAAGGUGGACCGGCAAGACCACUGAAGAGGCGUGGAAGUGCAUAUGGUCCAUCAUUUUUCCUCGCCUGGAGCCACCCUCGAGCAUAUACGCUGAAGACACUCCCGCAUCGAUUCAGCCUGCUCAGAUACCUGGAUUUCUGGGCGAAUUUCAGCGGCUCGCCCCAUCCGUCCUGCAUCAGAUACUUAUUGAAAGGACGGCUGAAACCGAGUCUGCCCAGAUGAGGUCGUGGCUGCAGUCGGCUGAUGCACAAUCAAUUCUCAGCGCCUCGAUUCAGGAGCUGUUUACCCGCCUCCAGUGCGCCGAGAACAGUCAACCUACGCCACAGACACCCCCGAUCACUACCACAACCUACUUCUACCCCGAACUUCCCGACUUUGGCGACCUGCUAAACUUCGAUAUAUUUGACGAAGCCCCUACGGACCCAAAUCCUGGUCCUUCAGAAGCCAGCACUGACGAUUCCGAGGGCCCUCUCAAGGAAAAGCCAGAGAGCAUAGAUUCGAUUUUGAACCGCAGUCAUCCAGUUGAUGACAGUUUCUUGCUCCCAAAACCGGCAGACACACCUAGCAAAAUUCACAUCCAAGUUAAGACUCCAACGCCAGUCAAAAUUCCAACACCGAGCCCCCAAGCAAUCCACCGCAACCGAUCACCACCACGUAACGAAAAGGGCGAAAUAUUCUGCGAUCACAUCGACUGUCGGGGCAAACCCGUUCAGACGUUUCGGAGAGUCUGUGAGUGGAACAAACAUAUGGACAGACACGAAAGGCCUUACAAGUGCUACGAACCGGGCUGCGAGUCGCGAAUAGGAUUCACCUAUACAGGCGGACUUCUGAGACACCAGCGCGAGAUACAUAAGAUGCACCUCCCGACGAAGGAGCCAGUCUUCUGCCCCUUCCCCCAAUGCCUCCGAAGUUCCGGAACAGGUUUUACAAGGAGGGAAAAUCUCCAAGAGCACAUUCGGCGAAGGCACUUGGAUGAGCUAUCUGAGAGUAGCUCUAGUACGACCGUUUCAACAGACGUUGUAAGACCUGUGGAUGUUUUCAACGGUAGCGAAAACACUUGUGACCCUCGACAACUUUUCACGAACGUACCUGCGACACCGGUACCAGGAGCCUCCAUCAAUCCUACGGACUCGAGAGGAGAUCCAUCAGACAGUCAAGAGACACCUGUUUGGCAUCCUCGGUGAAAGAGACUGGCUCUGCAUCUUGGCCAUUCCACACGGAGACCGAUCAAGCCGCUAAUCAGCAGUCAUUGACCAGCUCCGAAUGUCUGUAGACAGCUUAGACCACAUGGAUUCUUGUGCCAAUUGGCCGUUAGGGUAUCUGGUGCUUGCAGAUUGCCGACCAGAG